CUAUUUCUUUUUUCUAGUUCUUAAAAUAUAUGCGUUUGGUGUUUACUUUUCUUGCUUUAUUUGCAAUUGUCGAGUCCUUAAAUUGUUGCAUCAAGCUGUAUAUUAUUAUUUUGAAUUCUAGUCUGAAAUUCGACUAUAGUAAAUUCACCUAUUACUCUUAGUAUUUAUUUGUCCUUUGGUUUCAUAUUUUUAUUAAACGAUGGCUCAGAACGUUAAUCCAAGACUCGAAGGAAGUUCGUCAAACUCUCCAAAACGUAGUGAAGAUAUGAAUGACAGAAUAGAAUCGAAUAAAGUCGUUCAAAGAUUACAAAAGGAAUUAAUGAGUUUAAUGAUGUCAUGUGAUGGAUCAGUGUCAGCUUUUCCAGAUGGUGAUAAUCUUUUUAGAUGGGUUGCUACAAUAGUUGGACCAAAAGAUACUGUAUAUGAAAAUUUAAAAUACAAAUUAAGCAUGGAAUUUCCCCGUGGCUAUCCAUAUAAACCACCUACUGUUACAUUUUUAACUCCUUGUUUUCAUCCUAAUGUAGACUUUGCAACUGGCUCCAUAUGCUUGGAUAUUUUAAAAGAAAAAUGGUCUGCUAUGUAUGAUGUUAAAGCAAUUCUUAUAUCAUUACAGUCUCUUCUUGGAGAGCCAAAUAAUGAAAGCCCUUUAAAUGUUAAAGCAGCCCAACUAUGGCCAAGACAAGAAGUUUUUAAAGCAACUUUGUUAAGCACAUACAAAGAGUCUGAAUCAACCUAAUAAAUUGUGUAAUAUAGAACUAAUUUAAACGACUAAAUUGUUUAUUGUUCAACUUAUUUUUUUUUUAUAUUCUCUUAGAUUAUUACGGUAAACUACUUUAAUCAGACGUCAGAUAAAUUUAAUAAUUUUCUGUAGUUUAUUAUACAAUUUUAUUCUCAUAUUAUAUUGCGCUUUGGUUUAUAUAAAAAUAUGUACUUUUUACUUAACUUAUCCUUUUUCUUACUAUAUUAGAUGUAUAAUCAUAUUCCUGCUUAUUAUUUAGCUGUGGAUUAAAACUACUUUAUAUUUAAUUUA